AUGGGAAAGCUCAUCAAGAAUCACUGGGCCCGUCUCAUCAUCUUGAGCGCCGCAGCUUAUCAGAUUGUGGCUGCCAUAGAGUGUUUCUUUUGGCCUAAGAUCUUCUGGGACUUCCUUACGCGCACCCUAGAUGGUGCAGUAAGACCGGUGCCAGCUUUACAGAUAAUAAAUCUCCUCUUGGGGAUUGCCAUGCUAGCUCUCGAAUGGCCCCUUAACUUCGUGGCCGGCUCAGCUCUCCACCGCUCGCUAGAAUUCCGACUUGCCAUCCUUCCUCUCACGGCACUCAGUGCUGCUCUUAUCUACCAAGGCACAAACGCCGCUAUCUACUACCUCAUCGGCAUGGUCGUAUACUUCUGGGGUUACAGCGAAGGCGAGAUGAUCUGCGCAAAACCCUGGACUCUUCCUAAUCGUGGGCGCAGCGGCGGCGUUACGCGUGCAUAG